AUUAAGAUUCAUGAAACAUGCCUCCAAACCAACUACUAAUACAUAUAACAAGAUGUAUGCGUAGACCUUGGAGGAGAGAAAGGAUCAGCUAAUGGAAGAUAAGUCCCGGCAAAUCCCCCUAGAAUGGCUGGCCCCGUUGGAAUGGCUGAAGAAAAUAUCAGAGGGCAACACCACAAGUAAGCUGGAAGCAAUAACGAUGGAAGGCCUCCAGAUUGUCAACGUCCAAAAGGGACUCAUCCGCUGUAAUUUCACCGUACCAAGUAUAGUUUCGGAUUCAGAUGGGAAUUGGCAGGUUGGAGCCAUGGCGGCCUUAAUUGACUGUGUAGCAGGCGCCGCCAUUCACACCACCACAGUUGGCCAUAUCAAUGUCACCCUCGACUUCACCAUUUCAUACCAUUCAACCGCCAAUAUUCAAGUCAGUACACUCUCCCAAUUUGUGGACAUAUAGUUUUUUUUUUUUUUUUUUUAUAGGAAAUAGAGACAAUAUUAAAUAAAUAAAAUUAAAAUUA